AUGAACAGAGACGUGGUUGAAGGUAACUCUACCUCCCUCAGUCCAAAUCCUCAAGAGCCUGCUCUUAUGGACGCUUCUCAUUUGCACAUGAAUGAUCUGGGGCUUACACCUUUCCCCGGGUUCCAGCUGCGGGGCAAUACCCUACAGGAUCAGGAGCAAAGUUGUCGCGAUGAACAUGAACACUUCGGUACUGGCUAUCGCGAUGACAUACAGCCAACACGCGGCGAGGGAAGCAUCAGCGCUGAAAUUCUCGGCAUACCGACGCCGCAGACGGACCUGGAAGGAUUCGACGCUCUAGUGAAUAACAAGGCUGACUCGGAUGAUUUGUUCGACCCUUUGUUCGAUUCUACGAUCCCUGAGCUUGACGAUGUCUUCUCCCGCAAACGAAGCGCGGAGGAACUGCAAGAAUCCCCGCCUGAGAAACGGCAGCGGCAGCAAACAAACCCCCUCGACGAAACGCCUUCACUUACUCCUGAUUCGACGCACGAAUCAUCCGCUUCUUUCUUUGACACUUUCGACAGCAUGUUUUGUGGGCCAUUUGAACUACCAUUAGUUUUACCGGACGAACCUCUGUUUGAUCUUGAGAUCCCCCAGCCUCCGUUCAGCCCGCCUAGAAUAAGCGAGUCGACAAGAGAAGGAUUCUCUUUGGAUGAGCAGGAUAUUCUUUCCAACACCACCCGCGAAUUUUUGAAGAUGCGGAAAGAGCCUGAGUAUGUAUCCCCGUAUCCGGUUUCGGGAGGGCCGCUAGGCUAUCUCCCCUCAAGCCCUACUAUCCACGUGAAAUGCGUCGCCGUGGGAGAUGAGAAGGCGAAUGAUGAGAUUCGAAAAUUGCGGGCUCAGUUAUACCGGACGACACGCGAGCGAGACCAGUACAAGAAGUCACUUUCAGAAUAUACAAAAUUGGACGGCACCGGGAAAUCACCAGAGCAGUUACUCCGUGAAGAGAAUUCGUCGCUUCGGCGUGUAUCCACUCGACAUCAGGCCCGGGUGGAAGAAUACAAGCAGGAGGCAUCCGAGUGGAGGACCAAACUCCACAAUGUCAGUGUCUUGUACAAUAAUCUCUUGUAUGAAAUUGGGGUAGAGAAGCGGCUUCCCUCGAUCACCUCGAUUCCAGCCGGAUACAAGCCACCUCGGAAGACUGCCGUGAUACAGCCGCCGCAAGCUCCUGUGAUUAUGCAAGACGUCGCUGGCAAAUGUUGGGCUUUCGGUCCACCCACACAACAACUUGAAGAGCCACUUGUGCAAAGUGCGGGCGCUAGCAACAGUCAACCUUUCGGCCGAACAAUAAAGCAGCCAAUGCAGGAACCGCGAUGUGUCACGAUAGAUUUGACCCCCGAACCAUUAUCUCCACAGAUUUCCGUGCCUGAGCAGGCCACAGAUGCCGGCAAUAUCCACACUUCUGAUCCACAGCCGCAGCAACAUGAAUUACAUGCUAGGCAACAGUUAACGGCCAUCACGAUCGAUCUGACCGAGGAGGAUGAAGCUCCGCCUACACCUCCACCUGUAUCGGAACAUGCGACGCUUCGAUCACUGCGCAGCAAGAAAUACGAUUGGCUCCAAGCCGGCAACGACAUGGUCGAGAACUCCCAGGUCUGCACUUUUUCAAUGGUAGAAGACGAUGAGCUAGCUCGCAUGAUGGAAGAAGAACUGUCACGGACUUGA